AUGCCACCGUUCCUCUCCACAUUCCGGUCUCGGACCAACUCGCUGCUCGAGACCAUCACCGGCGUCAUCCCCGACUCGCCGCCCGAUGGCACCUUCAAGGACCGCUCCCUCACCUGCCGCAAGUGUGGCAACCGCUUCCGCGAUGCUCUCGAACUUAGCUCUCACUUCAACCUCCUUCCACACCACUCGGACUACUCGGACAGCCACGACUAUGCCUCCUUCAUCCGACCCAAAGCUAGACGCACCAAAAUAGCCCCAGCCCCUCUUGUCGAUGCCGCCGAGCCUGCACCGGUCGCUGCCGGCUUCAGCGAGGCGGAGGCAUUCUACGCCGUGCAGGACAAAGAGAACAGGAUCGAUCGCCCCGCGCUCCUGCGCAAGUUCCCCACGCUUUCGAACCUGACUACCGCCACAAGUGCCGAGCAACAACCGAUGCAGACGGGCACCGACUAUGCGGACGGAGAUGGCGCUCCGCAAAGUCCUAGCGCAAAGGCAAAGGGCAAGCAGAAGGCGUUUCCGCUACUGCGAAGAGAAGACUCAUAUCCCUUCGGUCAGCCGCUAUACUCGUCAGACGAAGAUGAGGAUUCAAAAGCACCUGGGCCUUCCAGUGCACCUCAGAUUAGCUCUCUGCGAUCGCGUGCACGAAGCGCGACAACUCAAGCCCUUAUGCCCGAGCCUGCUCUCCCACCUCGUCCUCGCAGCUCCACCUCGUCGUCUGUCGCAUCCAAAUCCACCAUCUCCCGGCGUCAAGCGCCACCGCUCCCGCCCAAGAUCCCCGCUUUCGACUGGGAAAACGACGAUGCCGCCUCGAUCCACUCGGACGCAAGCUUCUGUACGGCCGGCUCCACCGAGCAUCCAGACGAGAAAGCUGCCUUCAAGAAAGACUCCAAAGCAGGCUGGGGUAGCUCGAAAGCAAGCGACCGCGACCAUAGCGCGAGUGUGAGUGCGAGGGACAAGAGGCGACACGAUCGUCGUCCCGACAACAUGCGUCACAUGAGCGAGUCGGAUCUUCUGCUUCACAGCGCCGACGCCCCAGACUACGAUGCGCCGCCAUCCUACCACGAGCUGCACGGCGAUACAGACCCUUUCGACGAUCUGACUUCCCGGACCGGGUCGGCAUCGCGCCCGCAUGCGUCUCGACGAGCGCACUCGCGCUCGGAGGGUUUCGCUUCAAUGCCAACGUCGCCCAUCAACCGACUUCACAUCGGCACAUCCCAACGGCCGCGCCGGUCCACCAAUGCAUGGCUCGCGUCCGCAUCACCCGUGUUCCCUGUCAGCUUUGCCUCUGCCGCCCAUCCAUGGAGCACUGGCGAGAGCGAGCUCUACUCCAGCAACGACGCCAAGCCCAAGCUUGACGCCUCGCUUCCACCCCUUGCAGCCUCGUCGGCGCUAUCCUCGCCCGCCUCGCCAUCGAGCCCAAGCACGCCGUUUGCGGCGUUCGGCGACCUGCCGCGUUCGUCGUCGCCGUUCGCUCUAACGCUUCCGAAUCCUCCGCAGAAUCCGUCCAACGCGCGAUCUAGCGAGGCAGGCGCAACGAGAAAGCGCCAUACCAGUCGAGCAAAGUCCGACGCCGCAGCUCCGAGCACCCGCUGCCCGACUUGCUUCAACAAGUUUGCCUCGCUCGACAAGACGCUCGAGCACAUGGACAACUCCGACUGCGGCGCCAUCGAGUUCGAGAGCGGCAUCAUGUAG